AUGGAACCCGGCCCGGGCCUGUCCCACGCCGCGUCCGGUACGGGCCUACUCCCGGCCCUCGCCAAACGGCGCCCAGAGAUUCUCCACCACCACGUGCUCUAUGAGCAGCAAGUCCCACUGCAAGAGGCGCACCUCCUCUCGAAACGCGUCGUCCCGAACACGGUCGUUGAUCUUGCGGAGUCGCUUGUUGGCCUUGAGCAUCUCGCUGAGCCGUGCCUGGUGUCUCUGCAACUCCUGCUCCAUGCCCAUGGACUGCUGCGCCAACUGCACGUUGACAUGGCGCCGCAUCUCCUCGAUCUUGACGAGCGGCGUGUCCUCGGCAUAGAUCUGCUCGAUCGUCGCCUCCAAGUACAAGUGCACUGCGUCACGCUGGUGCUUGGCCAAGCACGUGAACUUCAGCUUGGCCCAGUCCCUGCCCAGGGCCGUCUGAGUGCCGAUGCGCACCAACAUCUCCAUGACCAAGAGCACCUGCUCUUUGUCCUUGAAAAUGGCGAGCCGCUCGAAAUUGAGCAGGCGGUGGAUGGACGCGAGACGGGCGUUGACCAUGGCGUUUGUGCCGCGGACCCGGGCCUCGGACAAGUGCUGCAAAACCGUCUCGCCGAGCGCCUUGGCUUGGUUCUGCAAGAGCUCGCUGACCUGGUAGGUGUUGUGGCCAUAGAGCUUUCUGGCCUUCUUGACGGCGGACACCUCAUGGUCAAAUGCAACGGGAGGCAGACACGACAAGAAUUUGCACAAGAGUCUGUUGAUCUUGCCGAGCGAACAGAGGUCUUCGAUGGUGAACGUCUGAGUGUCUUGGACCAAGGCGAGCCAUAUUAG